UGGCUGCCCCGGCAAGUGGCAAGGGAGACUUUUACUAGUUGCACAAGAAAAAUAGUACUAACAGAAAGGUUUUAAGUGAAAAACAUGGGUUUUAUUAGACACGUCGUGUGCGCCAUGUCUGGAGGCGUUGACAGCUCUGUGGCUGCGCUGUUACUGAAGAGAAGAGGCUACAGUGUGACAGGCGUUUUUAUGAAGAACUGGGACUCUCUGGAUGAAACUGGGGUCUGCAGCACAGAGAAAGACUGUGAGGACGCCUACAGAGUGUGUCAGGACCUGGACAUCCCCUUCCACCAAGUGUCUUAUGUCAAAGAGUACUGGCAUGAAGUGUUCGGUAACAUACUGAAGGAAUAUGAGGGGAGGACACCAAACCCAGAUAUACUCUGCAACAAGCACAUCAAAUUCAGCCAUUUCCACAAGUAUGCCAUCAACACUCUGGGUGCUGAUGCCAUGGCAACAGGCCACUAUGCCAGGACGUCACAGGAAGACGAGGAGGUUUUCCUACAGACGCACACACCGCCGUCCAGCUCUCUCUUCAGAGAUCGAUUUGAGAUUAGAAAUCCUGUGAAGUUGUACAAAGGAGCAGAUCUCCUCAAAGACCAAACCUUCUUCCUCAGUCAGAUCUCCCAGGAUGCCUUGCGACAAACCAUGUUCCCGCUGGCCGGACUCACCAAAGAUUUUGUCAAAAAGAUUGCUGCUGAGGCAGGUUUUCACCAUGUGCUGAGGAAGAAAGAGAGCAUGGGCAUCUGCUUCAUUGGAGAGAGAAACUUUGAAAACUUUAUUUUGGAGUAUUUGGAACCUAAACCAGGGAACUUAGUCUCCAUUGAGGACGGGACUGUGAUGGGAACACACAGAGGCUGGUUCACUCUGACGCUGGGUCAGAGGGCGAGGAUCGGAGGGCUGAAUGAGCCCUGGUUCGUGGUGGACAAAGACAUCACUACUGGAGACGUGUUUGUGGCUCCAAAAACCAAUCAUCCGUCGCUUUUCCGUGACACGAUGCGGACAGACCGCUUCCACUGGGUCACAGUUGACCCGCCCGCUGAACUAGUCAAGACCCAGAUGAUGGAAUGUCAUUUCCGCUUCCUCCACCAGAUGCCACUCAUUCCCUGUACUGUGACGCUGAACAUGAACGGCUCCGUGUGGAUUUCGCUCUCCCAGCCGGUCAGAGCUCUGACACCUGGACAGUUUGCUGUGCUUUACAAAGGAGACGAGUGUCUGGGUAGCGGAAAGAUCAUACAAAUGGGGCCCAGUGAAUACACACUCCAGCGAGGCAGAGAGCAGUGGGCACUAGCAGCCGCGCAGCACAAGGAGCAGCCGACGCCAGAACCAGCCAGCUGAGAUGACCUUGUGGCCCGGCCGCCGCUCUGUCCAGUACAUUAGGUAGAGCACACUGUCCAUGAAAAUAAACUGUGUCUUAGACAGGGAUCCAUGACACAGAGUGCCGGUUCUGGAGGCCGUAUUAGAGAUUUAUAACGGCUUAUUGUUUUUAAAUGUCCAUCUUCAACAUGUCAACAGUAUUGAUAAUAUGAGGACUAAAGGGUUGAUUUCUGGACUGUUUUUAGUGUUAAAACACUAGGAGAUUAUCCACACGGUUAAAUUAUCUGCAUCCAAGCCAAAGUGGGAUUUGGACUGGAGACCAGAUGUAAUAAGUAAAGUAAGAAAGAUAGCAAAAUAAGAUAACAAGAUAGUUUUCUAAGUUACAAUAAUCCCAUUUUGAACAUAAAUCAGACUUUUUCCAUCAAACAUUACUGAAUAGAUCUGCAUCAUAGAGCUGGGCAAUAUGGAGAAAAUCAAAUAGUUUUGAUUUCUUCCAUAUCACCCAAUAUUUUUGACCAAAUACCCCAGUAUCAGUAUUGUAUGCUUGACUUUUGGUGCUUUCAAAAAAUAAUUACACAGAGAUUUUUGAUAAAUAAUCUUCAGUAAUGUGGACAUAAUGACUAAGUGGAUAAAGACAAAUAAUAGAACAGCUAGAACAGUCACUUUACUCUAAUGCAGCCUUUAAAAUCAGGAAAACACAGCACUUGGAGUAUUACGAUAUCCAAAAUUUAGGACUAUAUCUAGUCUCUUAUCACAAGUUUGAUAUAAUAUUGAUAAAUUGCCCAGCUCUACUAUACCACACCACAAUAAUGGCUGUCAGGUUGGUAUAUAAAUUUCAGCUUGUAAUAUACAUGGUUCAGCUUUAUUGUUAUUGAGCUAAUUCUACACUGAAUGCUCAUGAUCUGUUUGCUAUGCAUUGCAAAGACCUGCACAUUGACUCAAGGUUAUUUAAGGCAAAAAUACCUUUUGAUAAGGUAUGGUGUACUUGAUCUGGUAUUUAAGAAGCGCUUUAUGUUUUUUCAGUUGCUGGAAUUGUGCUUAUUAUCUGGAAUUGGAAACCAGCUCAAGUUCGACUUUUUAAAGGUUUUCAGCUCUAAACUUUUUCAGUAGAUGGAACACAAUCCAUCAACCAAAACAUAUAUUUGGAGAGUUUUUGUCUCCAUAUAGUAAUCACUGUUGUGACCUCAAAGUAGGAAUAAAAAUAGGAUUCAAGUUCAUUCAAAUAGGGGCCAAGUAGGAUUUCACUUAGAGGGAGUUUGCUUGGCUUUUUUUGGUGCAUACAUGAAAGGUAAAGUAAAUAUAUUAAAAGAAAUAAAAGCAAAGUACAACAACACUCAAGAAAGUACAUAUAGUGUAUAAAAAUGACAAAACAUGACGAAGAUUGUUUUUAAAAAGUACUAUAACACAUAUCUACAAUAUAGCUGUUUCUGAAUAAGCUGUACAGGAAGUUCAGGACAGAGAGGCCGUCUUAUUUAAGGUGAGUGACCCACGAACAUGGAGGUUCUGGUGGUAUUUUAUUAUAAGCUCAUAGGGUACCUUUGUUUUUUGGACAUCUUAUCUGUGAAUCAGAGUGACUGUGAUGUUAUAAUGUGAGUCAGACUUUUCAUUUACUGUAGUUUUUUCCUGUCUUCUCUAAGGUGGCUCAUUUUGUUCACGAGUUUCUCUCCUUUUACCUGUUUUUCUGAUUGACUCUCCUUCAUGUUCACUUUGCCUCUUUGCCAGCCUCAAACCUACAGUGCACUGGUGAUCAGACUCUACUCGGUUCUUUGAACCAUUGUCAAAAAGCAAGAUGCUUUUUGUUUUUGUGUGUUAAUUGAUAAAUGAAGUCAUUACUUCAGUACAAAAGUAGAAACAAAGUGCGAAUAAGUCACUUUGCAAUCUUUUGUGUUAUUUGGACGUUUUCUCCACUGAGCAGAAAUGAUGUUAAUAAGCCAGUUGAUUAUAAAUAUAAGAUAAUAUUUUCCCCAAAAACGAGUGAACAGUUGCAACCAAAUAUCAUAAAUAACAACAAUAAAUUUGGUGCCAUUUGUUAUUUUCGCUCUUUUACACGUGCCAGUCACAUUUUGAGACGGUUGAUUCAGUUGUUCCAAAUAAUUGAAAAGACAAUGAAACUGUUAAACUCAGCUGUUUCUCAGGCACAUUUUUUACAAUUUUUUGAAUAUAAGAUUUUUUAAACUGAUGUUUGAAAUAUGCAUGGGAACAUUUUAAGUGCCUUUCAAAUGGCUGUUGUUCUGUGAGUCAUCGUUCUUCCUGAACUACAAACUGUAAAUAGUUGAACAUCUGAGAGUGAAUAAACCUAAAAAUGUGACGUGGUAGCUUAUUUAUCAAUGGUCCAUAUACCUAAAUAUUACCUCCACAGUCACUGAGGGAAUUACAGUAUGUAGUUGUGCAUUGGUUGUUCUUUGGUUAGUGAUCCACAGGGGGGCGCUGUUGUACAGGAGAACUCCUCAGGGUGAACCUGAUGUUCUGGACUCAGUAUUGUUUUUCACCAUCAGCUUACUGUAUUUUCUUAUAAAUCCAAAUUAUUGUCACAGCAGAACCUAAUUAUACAAA